AUGGGAGAUGAGCUUGACGCUUUCUCGGAGGAGCUUCGACGGCGGCCAGAAGUAAGGAUCAUCAACAAGUAUGCCGUCGUUUUGGCGCACGGCCGAUUUUUCCUGAAAUCCAUCGGGGCCUUGCUGCUUUUAUGGGCCACCGUGGUCCUACUCGGCGGCUUCGUCUCGUCGAUGAAGAAGGACGAUUUUUGGUCUGUGACCAUCAUAGCAUUCGUGCAGGCUGCCGGGGGAUUCGACGCAACUGGAUUUGCUGCCGUGGAUUUAUAUAGCGAUUGGAUUGCAUAUUUUGUACCGAUCAUUGGAUCUUGGUUAGAAAAGCGUCGCGAUGAACGUGACCAGUUGCCUGUGAGACAAUGGCCGAAGAAACAAAUACAAAAACUCGUGUCAAAUCUAAUAGGUAUGACUAUGUGCUUGUUAGUUGUCCUAGUGGUGGUCUUCGCUUUUGGUGGACCAACGGCUUGCGUGUUGCCGUCGACUCGUGCAAGAGAAGACUAUGGCAUCGCGGUCACAGAAGUCAGUAAAGCAAAUAUGAAGCGGGCGCUGAACUUAUUCUACUACGCAGCUUUUGCUCACGGCCUCAUACACACAUUCUUGGUGGUGACUCAACUGGUUGCUAAUGGUUGGCUCCCUGAUAUUGUUAGCCGACAACAUGGUUUCAGCCCCGAGGUACUCCGUGCAUAUUUGCUCAAAACAAAUCAGAUGUGUGUAAAUAACCGCACGUCUGCAACGAGCUGGAAUUUGAUCACCUAUGGUGCCGUGUUGCUGGAUUCCAGCUUACCAGAGGACUAUGCCGCAGGGGCAAGGGUACUAACAAUGCUGAUUGAUCAGGAUGUACCCUUACAGGUAAGACGGCUGCUGAUCAGGUCACCCAGACAAAGAAUAGAGAAGCUGAUCGGCACCCUUGCUUGGAGAAGCCCAGCCGACCAAGAGAUGAUAUGGCUUGCAGCAAGGAUUGUGGAGCAUCUCGCUAGCGACCUCAACCUUGCUCACUUUCCAGGAACAUUGGAAUGUAUAUCAUCCCUCUUCAAUCAAUUACCAGUUGUAUCUGGGCAAGUAACUGAGAAUCUGGUUUUGCCAGGCUUGAGAAUUCUAAGGAACCUGGCUCAUGAUGAAGAUAACUGCAAAGCGAUAUACAGCAACAAGGGUCUUCUUUCCAAAAUAGAUGCGCCUCUCCGCUCCAACGGAUUAGCAGAAGAUAUCAAGAGCAGCGCUGCAUGGACCAAGGUAGUACACGGGUCACUGACAGUGGUGACGAAGCUCAUGAUAACUUGUGCAGGAGCCACCGGCAAAGAGAUGCGAGGCCUAAUUGCAGAUGAUAGUCAUGUGGUCAGAAACUUGGAGGCCGUCAUCGAUAUUAAGAGUGACAGAAGCAGUACCACAGACCUGCAGCUGAUAGCUUUAAAGGCUCUUUUACAAUUAGCAAUGCAUAAUCCAGCAAGUACUUCCACAGAAAGACUUAUUGAGAUGGCACUGCACAUCUUCAUUUCUACAGAUUGGAUGGGAGAUUAUUUGAAACAUGGGAAAAACAGGAUGAAAGAAGCUAAGAGAACUGCAAACCUGCUCAAACAACAUGCUGGUGAAGCAUUGGAAAUACUGUCCAGUCAUCCAGAGGCUAUCAAGAGCUUCACAGUAUGCGAUGAUGAUAUCCAUCGUCUUACUGAAUUGCUCAACUCCAAUAUUAAGACCACUGAAUGCAAAAUAAGUGAUACAGAGACAGUGGAAAUAGAGAUCAACAUUGGCAGUCGUAUUAGUGCAGCAACCAUCUUGAAGCAUUUGAGCAACUACGUCAAAUUACCAACCUUACGGAAGGCACUCGGGCAAUUGUUUCCUAUACAACAGGAUGAGCCUAUCAAGGGCAGGACGCUGCAAGCAUUACUGUUAUCACUCGUCGUGAAGAUUUGUGCGAACAACAAUAUUGAUCUUGCAGUAAUCUUACUCCAGCAGACGCCGCCGGAUUCCCUGGAAGACUUUGUGGUGAGUCUCAAGAAGAUGGUGAAGGACAACAUGUACGGCCCCGGUGAGUGCCUGGCGAUACAUAAGCUCAGCUGCAAGAUGGUUACAGAACUCAUGAAGCAUGAUGGAAACAUCCAAGUGAUCGACAAGCACAAUAUCGUUGGCACAUUAUUGGAGGCUUCAAAGGCAAUGGCCGAGUUUGAGAGCAGCAUGCUUUUUUCUGGCUUCAAUCAUUAUGACCGCUACGGGGUUCCUCUGAAGCCUCUUUUGUCUGUUCUCUCCAAAAACACUGAAGAUCUUUUGAUACAGAGGAAACAGGCCCUGGGCAUCUACACUGUGCCUGCCUCUGUACCAGUACCACUACCAUGA